AUGCCUCAUUUUGUUUCGACUUUCAAGACCGGGAGCAGCGGAGAAGAUCUUCAGCGGUGCGAAGAUUCGGCAUUCUACGGAAGCAGCUUCGCAUCGCUCGUACUGCAGGACUCGAGCUCGGGCUCUGGAGUUGACACGAGGUUCCGCUUCAAAACACGCAGCGAGGACGCACUUCUCCUCCUGGCCGCCAGCGGAGCUGACUACUGUAUCAUAGAACUCAAACGCGGGACUCUAAAGGUUCGGCUGAAACUCGCGAGCAUCUCCAAGGAAUUCAGUCUAGGCGGUCAGGAGAAAAUCAGUGAUCUCCGAUGGCAUGAAGUGAUGGUGUUCUAUAAGUCCGGGCACAACGUGAGCAUGGCUCUGGAUCAGCAAUACACAACGCAUCAUCUGCCAAUCGCGAACGGGGCUUUAUCAUCUUUGGAUCAUCCUGGACAAAAAACUACAAUUUAUGUCGGGAGCCUCGGCGGAUAUGCGGGACCUCUGUCCACCGGAAGACCCCCCAAUUUCCGGGGCUGUCUCGAAUCUCUCUAUUACAACAACAUCAACGUUUUCCACAGGGUCCAAGCGAACAAGAAAACUGGUGGUGGAGUGUUGUAUGAACUCGAAUUUGAGCACCGAUGUCCCACGCUCUUUGAAGCCUCCAAUACGGACGCCAUUUCGUUCACGGACGCCCAGCAAUCAUUCAUCGCGCUGCCUACCUUGCCGGAUUGUUCCCGAGGACUCCAGUUGAACAUGCAGUUCCAAAGCAGCACGUCACGGGGCCUGUUGGCUUACCAAUCGGGCCGUCGAAGCGUCUUGGCACUCGAGCUCGACGACGGACGGGUGAAUCUUCUUUUCAAAUUCGGUGGGGAACUGCACACUUUGACAAGUCCUCACAGAGUCACCGACGCUCACUGGCACAAACUGCAAGUGGAACUGCAAGCGAACGGAAGUGUUGUCUUCUACGUUGACACGAACAAAAUCACUUGGGAUGCCAACAGCACACGUUCAGCUCAGACUCUCAAUGAGGACUGCAACUUCGACACUCACUUCUACGUGGGGGGUGUUGACGCCAAAAAUCGGGCUCGCGCACAAGCACAAGGGGUCAAACCGUUCCAGUACUCUCUCGCCGGUUGUGUCCACUACAUGAGGUUGAAUAGCAAGCCUGUCGGUUUAGAAGACGCGCUGGUGACGAAAGCGGUCUCCAAGGACUGUGUUUGGAAGUAUCCGUGCCUGAAAGAACCGUGUCUCUCGGAAGCCGAUUGCUUACAGGUCGGGAUCGACAGCUUCCAGUGCGUCUGCGAUAAGAAGAUCUGCACGAAGAAAAGUUUCACCGCCAACUACAAGGAAACUUACGCCACGAGCGCCGACGAGGAGUCUCCCGGCGAAAACGUGCUUGCCGUAACCCCAGUGGUGGUUCACGACGGCGGAGUCGAACACCUCAGUCCAGACCACAUCCAGCUUCUGGUAGACCUGCCGAAGUUGGGCUUGCGUCCAGGCGACAUACACUUCACCGUUCUCGUGGGCCCGAACCAUGGCAUGCUCUCCAACGAGCGGGUCAAAACCGCAAGCGAAAUAACUACGUUUACCUACAGGGAUGUCACGCGUUACAGAGUUGUGUACACCCACGAUGGAAGUGAGACCGCGAACGAUACAUUGGUUCUUGAGAUGAGCGUGGAGCCAUCCACAUUGCUGUUGCAGAGGCUGCCGAAAGCCUUGGCGGAAAAAAUGCAAUUCAUGCUGCACAUCGCAAUCCUGACACCUCAGAAUUCACCUAGCAGUCACAACUACGAUUAUCAGGCGAGCUUGAAUCUAGCUCGUCUCACGAAGAAAGUGAUAACCAAUGAACUCCUGAAAGUGGACGACGUGCAAUUUGUCGACGAGACUGCGGCCAAGUUCAUGGUGCAUAUCGAGGAUCCGGAGGGAACGGGAUUCGUGGACAACUUCAAGAAUCCGGGUCAAGCGAUCGAGAGUUUCACUUUCCAAGAAAUGAAACAAGGCGUCAUCUGGUUUAAUCACCGAGGCAACUCGACAUCGACAUCCUUUGGACUGACCUACACCUCACCGGCUCAAACCAAAGAGCUGCUUAUCAAUGUUCAGACUUUUCCUCUGGAAAUCCGAAUGGUCAACAAUACGGGCGUGAGGGCCUCGUACGUCACGCCGACGAUCAUGACCAAUCAGAUGUUGGCAUUCGUCACCAACGCACCGGAACAAGGUCUCGAUAUUCGUUUCGACAUGGUGAACCUUCCGCAAUACGGCACAAUCCAACGACUGAAAAACAAUUCGGUUUGGACGAACACGAGCCACUUCUCACAGCGACAGUUGACCCGCCACAAGGUACGGUACGUGCCGAAUCCUCGAGCCGCUCGGGAUCAACCGCUCGAGGACAUCAUAGGCUUCGUCGUGUCCUGCGAGAAGGCCAAACUGUCUACGCAAUACGCAUUCAAACUCUACUUCACCACCGAUAGGAUUUUCGUCACGACGAACAACACGAGAAUCAUUCACGAUACCAAGCAAAUCACCCUGACCGAAAAAGAUCUCAAAUACGUCGAUGGUGCUGAAGCGAGAAUAACCUAUACGCUAACGGCCACUCCGAAGCUCGGUAGACUCCUGCUCAACGGAGUGGUUCUGACGGUCGGCUCGAACUUCACCCAGCGUCACCUCGCACAAAGAAAUCUCGUAUACCGUCCCUCAAAGUCGGUGAUUUUUUUCGAAGACACUUUCAAGUUCAACGUGUACUCCAGCGGCUCGUCCUCGAACCUUCUAGGACAAGCGUUCACCCUCCGGUCAGCCAACAGUGAUUCGCUGAUUGUGGCCAACAUGAGGGUUCCUGAAGGAGAACGUCUCGCGCUCAAACUCGCAAAGCCGGCUCACAAAAAUAAAUACUCGGUCAAGAUCUCCGGCCAUCCGAAGCACGGCAGCAUCGAGCGAUCGGAGGGCGGCGCAUUCCGCGCUGUUCUCGAAUUCCCCACCGACGAUGUGGGUAACGGACAAAUCUUUUACAAGCACGACGACAGCGAAUCGAUGCAUGACAAAGUUAUCUACGAGCUGUACAAGGACAAGGCUUCCGAAGCUUUCCAGAAGGGAGAGAUAAACAUCGACAUUUCCCUCAAGAACGACAACCCGCCCAAACGAACACAGGAGCAAGUAUUCCAUAUUGCUUACCAAGCAGAAAAAAUUCUCUCGAAUAUCUAUCUGAGGUACGAAGAUGCUGACACCGACACCGAUCCGAGCAAAAUUUCCAUCAGUCGCAAAGAGAUUCCGAACGCGAUGCUCGUCAGAAAUGACGACAGCAGAAAAGAGGUUCAGCAGUUCACGCAGAAAGACAUCGACGACGAGAUGAUAUUAAUCCGACACACCGGAGGAGAUUACGGUCGAGCGGUGUUCUGGGUUUCGGACGGACAAUUUUACGCCACAGGUAUUUUGGAAAUCGUCGCCUCGCCCCCGUACCUGAACAUUACAACAAACACGGGUCUGCUGCUGGAGCAAGGAUCGUCGGCUCUGCUGCUCCCGAGCAACCUUUCGCUAGACACGAACCUAAACGUCAAGCCGUCAGAAGUUGUUUUCAUAGUGACAAGACCACCCUCUCUGGGGAAACUUCGUUUCGCGCAGAGUUCCGAUGAGUUCAUCGACAAGUUCACCCUACGCGAUAUUCAAGAAGGCAUCAUCGAGUACGUUCAUUUGUCGAGUAAUAAAAACGCCCACAACGAUGUUUUCGAUUUCGUGGCGGUCGCUCUGGGAGUCCGCAGGGAAGCCUCAUUCAGAAUCACGGUGUACCCCACAACUUUCUGGACCCCCAUGGAAGUGAGAGCAGGCGGAGGCAAUCAAACAUUGUUCCUGGACGUCGCAUCCAUAGCAACAGUCAGCCGGACAUUCUUGAACGUCGUCCACGAAACUAUCGAACCAGAGGACAUAAUUUUCACCGUGAUCAGGAAGCCUCAUUUGGGGAAACUGCAACUCGAAGGCAAAAUCGUUUCGACAUUCACUCAGGCUGACGUGAAUAAAGGGAAACUCAAAUACGCUCACGUGGCCCAGGCAGGACAGGACUCGUUUGUGGUCGAUGUCACGAACGGUUUCAGUCAGAUGACGGGAAUCGAAGUCCGUAUCGGAGUAGUUCUCCGGGAGAUCUCCCUCCGAACUCAAAAUCUCACCGUCGACGAGGGAUCGAAGGUGACUAUCACGGUGGAAUACCUCUCCUUGCCGGCUGAGACGGGCAGCCUUGACGUUAUCAGCGAAUAUCUCAUAAUUGAGCCCCCGAAGCAUGGUGCAAUCGUCUCAAAGAGCAAAGAUGUCGUGAAUAGCUUCCAGCCCAUCCAAGUACAAAAAGGCGAGAUCGAGUACGACCAUAACGGAGAUGAGAGUCUCGUGGAUUUUUUCACCGUUAUCGGCAGAGCCAGUGCCAUGGGCAAGGAGACGGCGCCGGCCACUAUUCAUGUCAAAGUACAACCAGUCAAUGACGAAGUACCUCAGAUGGUAGAGAACACGGGACUUGAGCUCUGGGAGGGCGAAUGGGCCAUCAUAUCGAGUGACCACCUGGCAGUGAUCGAUGAAGACACACCCCCGGAAGACCUGCGCUUCAUGCUGACCCAACCACCUUCCAAUGGGUUCGUGGCAGUCAACAACCAGAUGCAGCCUGUACUCAGCUUCACACAAGCAGAAAUCAAUCGGAACGUCAUUGUAUUCACACAUACAGGUGCGGAGGCCGGAGGCUUCAAAUUCCAAGUUGACGACGGAGUCAACACUCUCAGCGGUCAGGAAUUCGUCGUUCGAGCGAAGGAAAUAACGGUCGAGGUUUCCCGGAACGAGAAACUAAGGGUCGAACCUCGCGGUCAACAAAGCAUAACAACGGAUCAUCUGCAGGCUGUCAGCAGCCUUCCCCUCAGCGAAACGAACGCCCAAAUCAUCUAUACGUUGAACGAGCCACCGAAAUUCGGCAGAAUCGUCCGCGAGAAGCUCGACGGUACCCUUGAACCGAUACUGGAGUUUACUCAGGCCGAAAUCGACCAAACGCUCGUUCUCUACGAGAACACGGACACGACCAAAAACGAUUCUUUCACGUUCAGCGUCUCGACAAACAAGGGAAAGCUCAAUUUGAAAACGCAUAUAUUCACGAUAGAUGUAUCACCGAAAAGUAUCAUCGACUCCCCGGUAGUCGUGCAAGCCAAAGAAGGAGAUUUCGUAGCUCUGGAAAAUGAAGUCCUUGCCAUGGGGAUCGAACUACCGAAAGCCAACGUCACCGUGAUCCGUCAGCCGUCGCACGGUUGGAUUGGUCUAGACGGGCCGAAAGGAGUGCAGCCCACCGAAACGUUCACCGACGACGACAUAAACCAUCGUCGGGUGUGGUAUAAUCACGACGACAGCGAGACUUUCGAGGACAAAUUUGUCGUGUCGGUGCAAAAACUCGACAAACCCGGAGUGGAACCGUUGAAUAUAUCGAUUUUAGUGGAGAUCGCUCCCGUCAACGAUCAACCCCCGGUAUUGAAAACAGAGUCACCAUCAAUCGAGAUCGUCGAGGGUCAAUCGACAACGCUGACUCCUGAAAUGCUGUACACGGCAGAUGCCGAUAACAUAUCCUCUCAAAUCGUCUACAACCUCGAGUACACCGACCUGGUGACAUUUGUCAAGAACGACUCGAACCCGGUCUGGACGUUCACCCAACAGGACGUCGACGAGAUGAGAAUCUCGGUUUCGUGCAACAACACCGAAGCGAACGCCAUUUUCGAAAUAAAGUUCCAGGUCGACGACGGCAUGCACGACGCCCGGAAAGCUGUGCUGACCGUAACGGUCAGACCGCCGUCGGUGAGCAUGGCCAAGAACUCCGAGGUGAUUCUAACUCAGGGCUCGUUCUACCGAGAGAUAACGGCUUUCGAACUAGACGUCGAGACCGACAGUAAACGCGAAGAAUGUUGGUACGACGUCGUACAGCCGCCGGAGAACGGGCACGUGCAUACGUACGGGAACAACACAACGCUCUUCCGGCAGGAUGACAUCGACAUGGGCAACGUCCAGUACGUCCAAGUGAAUAACAUGUCGGCGACGGACGACUUUUUCAUUGUCGAUGUCCAUUGUCAGAGUUCAUCGCUCAAAGGCGUCAGAGUCAACGUGAGCGUAAUCGCUCUGGUGAACCAGGAGCGUCUGUUGGAGGUUCCUCUCAACAGUAGGGGAAUCAUUGGGAAGAGGCAUCUGGACGCAACGAAAAUCGCCACGAAACACCAGAGCAACCCCCGAUUCCACGUCACGAGGAAACCGUCGAACGGAAUCGUCGGCAAAGUCGGCGUGGGCCCUGUGGAUCAGUUCAGCCAUGAAGAUGUCCUAAAUUCGCUCGUCUAUUACCAAUCUCGGGGUGGCGACGCUCCUUCAGAGGACAGUUUCGAAUUCAAACUUUGUUCUCCUGGAGUGCAACCGGGCAAGGGUCAAUUGAUUAUCGUGAUCACUCGGCCCGUCGGUGCGUCCGAGCCGCCAUCGACAACGCCUAGGGACGUCAUCCCCACGAUCGAGGUCCCGAUCGCUUCGACGACAAGUGUUUCUCUGCUCGAACUCGACCGCGGCCAGAUGCAUCAGGUCAUUCUCUUGUUUUCGUUGGUCUUCAUCGCGGUGAUCGUUAUCACCGUCGCGUUCGCGAUCCUUUUGUGCCGGGUGAUUCGAAUGUCCAGCUCUUCCAGCUGCAAGAGUCAGGGUGGGGCCAGCAACAGCAGCACGUACGUGUCCAACAGCGGAUUUCUGGAACAAGACGAGGUCGAUAGAUUUAUUGCUCAAACAGCGCCCCCUCCCCCACCCCAGUGCAGGGUCACGCCCAUGCUGGAGCCCGUCAUUCUCGAUUAUACGUCGUCACUGCAAGAAAUGAGCCUGCAGGACUGCGCGAGCGGCAACGAGGAAACCGACUCCAAGGAGGGCGCGACCUCUUCCCCUAUCCCUGUCCUGCGUAAGAACCAGUAUUGGGUUUGA